GGCGUCAGCUGGUUUAUGUUUACAUCGCAUGCAUUUUUUCGCAGUCGAAAAGGUUAGACGUUAUUGUGCCCGCAUCCAUAUACAAGACAUACGCGUUAAUGUAAUCGAUGGACAUUGUCGGUUUGCACGAGACAACCGCUGAGGCCCGAAUUCACACGAAAGUGACAGGCACACCUCAGGACUGUCCUUAGAAGCUCUUCUGCUUUCAUCAUGGGUGGAGCCGUGAGCGCGGGUGAGGACAACGAUGAGCUGAUUGACAACCUGAAGGAGGCCCAUUACAUCCGCUCAGAACUAGUGGAGAGGGCCUUCAGAGCCAUUGACAGAGCAGACUAUUAUCUGGAGGAGUACCGUGACAGUGCGUAUAAAGACCUGGCCUGGAGGCAUGGAAACCUCCAUCUAUCUGCUCCAUGCAUCUACUCGGAGGUGAUGGAGGCCUUGGACCUGCAGCCUGGCCUGUCUUUUCUCAAUCUGGGCAGUGGGACAGGUUAUCUUAGCACCAUGGUGGGCCUUAUACUGGGUCCGUUUGGUGUGAAUCACGGUGUGGAACUGCAUGCGGAUGUGGUCGAUUAUGCGAAUCAGAAACUUGACUACUUUAUCAAAACCAGCGACAGCUUUGACAAGUUUGAGUUCUGUGAGCCGACCUUUGUGGUGGGAAACUGUCUGGAGAUCCCUCCAGAGAGCUGGCAGUAUGACAGGGUGUACUGUGGAGCAGGAGUUCAGAAAGAGUAUGAGAACUACAUGAAGAACCUGCUAAAGGUUGGCGGGAUCUUAGUUCUCCCCCUGGAGGAGAAGUUGACCAAGAUCACCCGCACAGGUCAGAGCUCCUGGGAUACCAAGAAAAUCAUCGCUGUGACCUUUGCCCCGCUCGUCCAGCCCAAGCAGAAUGUCAAUGGCAGACCUAGGAGUGUUCCUUUACCCAUUUUUGAGGUGCGGACAUUGCAGGACCUGUCCCGGAUUGCUAUUCGCCACACUCUGCGGCAGCCUAUAGCUCUGGGGGAAGGACGUACAAAGAGACGGGUGUCUUUCCCAGGGGCCCGGGCCAUGCACCGCUACGGGCCCCGCUUCGAACGCCGCCGCUUCUGCCGCCGUUUCUACCGCCAGUGCGUCAACUCCGUGGUUCUCCACGACUCCAUGAUUCCCACAGCCAUGGACGAUUGCAACUACCCCGGAGGAGUGGAAGAGGAAGAAGAGGAAGUGGAGGAGGAAGAGGAAAUCGGUUGCCGCAGAGUGAGAGAAGACCUGCCUGAGGAGGAUGAGGAAGGAUGCGGCGGCACCGAAGAGGAGAAAAGCAAAAGCGGCUGCGCUCGUGCGGAGCCUCCCGUUAAUAUUCUGAGGGAGAAGAUUCUAAGACUCCCGUUACCUGAACCCCUGAAGAUGUAUCUGCUGUAUUACAGGGAGAAAUGAGACGUGGCGAGAGAUAAUACAUGCGGUGUAGCACUACGACGAUUAGACAUGAAGAAAAGCCUUUCUCUUCUUCCUCCUCCUCUUAGCUGGAUUAGCAUGACAAUUAAGUCCCCAAUUAAUGACAUCAUGAUAUCCAUAUCCCUUUGAGAAGCAAAGCUCCUUGAUUUACGAUGUACAGAGAUGGAACUGAAGGACUGAGCUCAUUUCCUGAAUUGCCUGAGCUCAUGCAGCUCGUUUUUAAUUCAGUUUUCCCCUUGAUUGAGAUGAUCAAAAGUGUCCGAUACGAUACAUUGUUCCUGUGGGAAUUGCUUGUAGCUGUGAGCUCUUUUAGAGUAGCAUCACUUUGGGAUGUGGCAUAGUUUGACAUGGUGGAUUGAAUAUGUUUUUAUAGCUUUUAGGUGCGGCUACAUUUACCCUAUCGUGGUGAAAUCCAGUCAUUUCAAUAGGAAUCUGCACGACUGGGAGUUUCGCGCAAGGAUGGAAAAGUUCCUCAUGCAGAUUUCGCUCAUGUUCACGUUGGUCAAGCGAAUUCCUCACAACUAAAUGGAAGCUGCUUGGUUUGAAAGUGACUUCUGUGUGAGCGGUGUUUCAUGCAUUGCUACUCUAUUGACAUUGGUCUUUCUUUGCCUGUGAAAUUUUGCUAAUGUGACCACACCUUUACACGAGACCCUAAAGUUGGUCCUCCACUGUUGAACUCUUUUCCUUGCCUCUACUGUGCUCUCCAAAAUACUAAAUGACGUACUGCCGUAGCACACCCACAUUUUGACAGUAUUGGAGUUUGUGGUGGUAUGACACAUUUUACAUCAUGUAAAUUUGAUUGCCGUUGUUGGUUGCGUUACAUUUGAUGCGGCAACUUUAUUCCACGCUCGAAUGAAGGUAGACAUAAUUUUUGCACCCAGUUACUAUAGAAUCUUCAUCCAUCAGAAUUAUACACACAGUGAUUUACAUGUUCAUUGUCAUAUCGCAAGCUUUACAAAUAAUAUUGUAAAGAUUGUGAAAAUAAAGAAACAUUUUUAGUAAAAUUCUAUUUAUUGGUAAUUGCCAAAAAUUCAAGGUAUAUGCAGCACUUGGGUAUUUUUCAUGAAUUCCAAUCGUUGUGCUCGGAAUCUUUGGCCCUACUCAGGAAUACUUUCGGAAACAUUUUAUUUCAUGUUAUUUUUUUUUAACUCAAGAACAAAACGACCAAAAUGUUAGGACCUUUCUAUUUUUUGACCAAAAAUAUUGAAAAUUAUCUGCUUUUUGUAUAUCACAGUGUGGUAGUAAAACAAUCUCUGUACAGGAAGACUAUUCUGAGCGUUCAGUGGUUGGAUCUGGCAGUUCUGUGAUCCCAGGUUUGAUUUCUACACAUUUCAUCAGUGCAGGAGCUUUUCUCUUUAAUUCUCCUUGAUGAGACCAAUGCUUAGGUAGCCCAUAAAAUCCAGGAUAUUAGAAGAAAAGUCUUUACUCAUCUGACAUACAAGCAUAUCUACCAGGUUUUGCUUGAAACAACUGUGCGCUUGUAGGUGACAUAACCUUCAAUAAAGUUUGAAUUUGCACACUGGA